CUUUUUGUUCAUAAUUUUAUGGAACUUGAGAUAAUAAACAGAAUCGAGAAUUAACGUACGUAAGUCGAACGUGGUGUAAAAUGUUCGCGAAAUUCUUUGUGUUUUGUUUUCUGACGAUUUCGUAUUCGGUUUACGGAGAGGACUGCUACGAAGAAAUAAUAAAACAAGACAGCUGUCAAAUUGUGGAAACGAAUCGUACUUCACCCAGUAAGAACUACUCAACUGCACUGUACAAAAAAAAUAGCACCAUACUGCUUUCAUUUUAUGUAAAAGCAGCGGAAAAUGCGACUAUAAUCUUAAAAGAGUUGAACGACGACGCGCACAAGAUAGUUCUAGGAACCAAGAAUAAUAACAAUGCUGAAAUUAUGGGAUGGUUCCGUGACAGCGAUUACUCAAGUAGAGUAGACUCGAACAAAAGCAGAAUAAUAUCGAGCCAGGAAUGGCGAGCAUUUUGGAUCGAAAUUAUUAACAAUGCCCAGUUAAUUAAAGUGGGUCAAAAAGGAGAAAAAUCUCCUUUUUUAGAACAUCAGACAAAUCUGGAAAUGGAUGUAACUGAUUUUUAUUUUUCUGCUGGAGACAAUAUCCCUGUAAAAUGGGCGUUUGGUUGUAAAGAUGAUGGUGGUAAAUUAUUCAAGCAGCAGAAGAAAGUCAAGCAAUGUCAAUUGCUGCAAAACAACGAAAAAUCUGCUCCGGAUCUGGUCACGAAAUAUCAAACAGCUAUUAAAAUGGAAGCCCGUCAUAUGAAUUUAAGUCUUGAACAUGAAACUUUACACAUCGAUGGCAAAGCUGUAUUAGUUUGGUUCGACGAGCGAUUACGUUGGGACGAGAACGAUUACUUCAACGAAUACAGACCGAGCUUCGAAACCAAUUCAACAUGGAAACCUGACAUAACAGUGGAACACAGCAAUAUAGAACUAGUCCGCAAUAAACCAUUCAGCGGUGGUAAAACAAUCGUAUCGAGUGAUGGUAUCUUGAUGUGGACAGCUUCAAUGCGUUUCCGAACGAAAUGCCAUAUCGAUAUUAAAUACUGGCCAUGGGACGUGCACACUUGUUCAAUUACCUUGAAGCUUGAACCAUCAGGAGCAAGAUUUGCCUUGCCUUCCAUUCAAUAUCCUGAAACAGAAAAUUGGAUUGUUCAGAGAAACGGCGCUAUAAAUUUUACUACGAUGAGUAAUCCAUUAUCAAUCGAGAUAUUAUUGCAAAGAAAAUCUGCAUGGUUGCAGCAAAUGCUGCUGUUCCAAUUUAUAGCUACGAGUGCGGUUCUGUUACUUUCUUUGGGAAUAUCGCCUUCGAGAUGGGGUAAAAUGGUAUUGAAUUUGAUAUCAGUUUUGUUACUGGCGUUCUUUUUUUACAAACUGAAGUCUGAAGUACCACAGAGCAAUUUACCGGAACCGGAUUUACUGCAUCUAUACAAUAUGUUAUUCUCAAUGGGCGCAUUAUCGAAUUGUUUAUCGAUUUAUUUCACACAAGUGGCGAGAAAAUCUCGUAAGAAUUAUCCGUGGAGAUUCGUACUUUCCGUCAUAGAUAAUCGUCUGGUGAGAUUGGUUUUAUUCCUGGCAUUCCACAAGAAAUCUGAAAAAUACGAAUACUGCAAUGACCGAGAAUUGGAAGACCUUCGAGCCAAGAAAAGAGGAGAAGAAAAUCCGCAAAACACAUCCGAGAACAUGCCGAAAAAUUAUAGAAACGACGCUGUUCAACAAGAUUGGCUCAAAGUGGCUGUGGCAGUUGAUCAUUUGCUAUUUAUAACAUGCUGUUAUUUUAUAGGGGCAGUUUCGAUGAAUUUCGCGCGCGGGGGGAAAUUUUUAGGAGCACAGUGGUAAUUUUUCGCGGGCGUUUUCAAACGUAAAUAAAUAAUAUUUUUCUGAAUGAAAUUUUAAAAUGGAUCUCUUCUAGGAGAUACCUAAGUUAAAAAUUAAAAUGUAAGUUUACUCAAUAUUUUUUUUUUUUGUAAGAGUUAGUUCAGCUACGCUAAGAAACCUUAGAAUUAGUGCAUUUUUUUUUUUAAAUUCAAGAAAUCACAAGAAGACAUUUUUCCUAGGGGAAAACAAGUUUAUAAUACUCGUAAUGGGAUCAAUAAUAUGUAUUACUAGAUAGUUACACAGUUUACCUACAUAUUUACGAUCGAUCAGAAAACUUUUGACCUUUUAUUUGUAUUUUAAUGAAUCAUUUAGAAAUUUAUCUUUGAAUUUACGCAAAAUAAUCAGUUAAUAGGAAAAUACGUGCGAUGAAUUGUAAUUUGUCGAUGAAAGUUGUACUUAUUUUAAGGGGAAAAAAGGUUGUUUCAAGUCUUUAGCUAUAUUUUAAUGAAUAGGUAAUUUUUUUUAUACUCAUUAAAUUUAUUUUUUAAAUCAUUAGUAUAUCAAAAUAAGAGCUUAUAGGUUAGACAAAUAAAUGCAUUAUGUAUAUUAAAAAAUUCGCGCACGAUUAAUAAAUCUUCAACUUGAUUGUAUUUGUUAUUCGGAUUCAAGAAAAAGUAAAUACAGAGGUCGAUUUCAUUUCAAAUCUAGUUUCACACGCUAAAACGUCAUUCAUUCGUCCAUUGGUUGUUCGUUCGUUCGGUUCUUUUUUCAAUAUGCAUUCUUUUUUUAAAUACACUUGUUACCUAUUGGUAAUUUCGUGCUAUUUGCACGUUGCUACAGCUACAGGGCAAUGUACAAGCCCAAAACCGUCGGUAUUUUGUUUCGGUUCCCGCAUUAAUAGCGGUUCGGAUGUUAUCAAAGAAGCUGACAAAGAUAAAGAUGGAAAACUCAAUGAAAAAGAGGCGUUAGACUAUCUCGGAAAAACAACUAAUAUCAAAUGGGCAGAUGGAACACUCAAAUUAGAAAUCAAAUCGAUAGAUAAAAAUCACGAUGGAUACGUGACUGCAGAAGAAAUCGAUUUUCCUGUUUCCACUUCACCUCAACCGUCCGGCGGCAGAACUCCGAGUGAUAUUGUGAAACAAGGUGACAAAAACCACGAUGGAAAACUCGAUUAUGCCGAAGCACAACAAGCUUUUCCCGUCGUACUCCCAUACAGAUUGUCAGCUGAAGCAAUUGAAAAUGAAAUCAAGGCGUUGGAUAGAAAUCACGAUGGAUAUGUGGUAGCGGAAGAAUUCGAUAAUGAUUCACAAGCGACUACUCCAAAACCAUCAAAACCAUAAUUACAGAGUUCGACGUUUUAAUUAAAUGCCUACCUGAGUUGAUAACGUGAAUUAGAUUAUCUUCAUCUUGACAUUUUUGUUGUUUUUUUUUUGAAUUCUUUUAUCAGUUUAUACUUAGUACUUUCAAAGUCGAUUAAUUUUCAAAUGAAUUUAAAAAAUGAUUGCUAUUUGCCAGGAAUACAAAAAUAAAUGCUUACCUACUUCUCAAUUUUUUUUUUAUUGGUCUCGGUCUGAGAAAAGUCCAUCGAUGCUUUUCAGUUGUUUUUUGUGCAAUUUUACACGAUGUUCAAUUCAAGUGAAUAAGUAAGUUGAAAUAAAGAUAAAUGAUGAAUUUAUAUUAUACAUAAUAUUAUUCUGUAAGCACCAGCGCUGUUGGAAAAGCUGCAGUGGGGAAGGAGGAAGUUGAGGGAUGCAAUUUUCUUCAACAUACUUACAAUAAAAUUACUAGAAACGAAACAAAGACGGAAAGUCUAAAGCCCAUUUCUAAAGCUGAAAAAAGAACAAAUUAUUCGGGGAUCGAUUAGGUAGGUAUUACCAGACAGUCAUAUAUGCAUGUUCGAUAAUGAAACUCGUUUUGCACUUUUGCAUAGGUAUGUACAUAUUUUCUCAAUGCCUCUUUUGAUUUUAGAAACAGGCGGAAGGGCUUUAGUUCGCAGUUUUUUUUGCCAGUUGAAAUAGGUAUAUUUUUUUUUUGGUAUAAUAAGCACAUUAGUCGGGGAGCCCGCAUAAGGAUCUAUUGAACCCCCCCCCCACACGAUCCUCCGGGACAACUUUUUUCUUUAAGGAAGAGUCCUGAGAAACAUUUCUAGCCCUUUUUUAAAAAAAAAAAAAAGUUGGCCCUACUUACAAAAUGGCGGCCAUUUUGAUUGUGACAGGUCAGCCGAAAUCGCAGAUUUUGCGGUCCAAUAUAAGACUUGCACGAAAUUUCUUAAACCGUACAGAGGUAGAUCGAAAGAUCAGGCAAAAGUUUACCACUUGUCAAAAUUUCAAAUGCUUAAGUGCCUUUUUUGGCGAUUUUUUGAAAAUCAAAUUUAGGCCAAAAAUGGUGGAAAAAAUCAAAAUUUUACCAAAUUGAUCUAGAAAGCUGAAAAUACCCUAUUUUCGACCUGCCAAAUCGAUUGAAAACUGUUUCAAACCGUUUUGAGCAGUUCUGGAGCCUCCAGCAGAUUUUUGGAACUCUAAAUUCACACAAAAUUCAAUAAAAUGGAGUUAAAAGGUCGAAAUUCAUUCUGCAAACUAAUUUCAAUACGCUAUGAAGUCGAAAGCAGAUAAAUCUGAAGUCGAUUUGGAGCCUCCAACGACUUUCUGAAAAUUACUGGAGCCUCCAGCAGAUUUUUGAAACUUGAAAUUUCCCCAAAAUUUCAUCAAAUGGAGAUGGAAAGCCGAAAUUUACUCUGCACUCCAAUUUUAACACCCUCCGAAGACGGCUUAAGAUGGGUUCAAGUCAUUUUAGAGCCUCUAGAGACUUUUUGAAAAGGUUUAUGGCGUUUUUUUUUUGGAAAAUUAUAUUUUCCAAAAAGUAGCUGGAAGCUUCAAAACCAUUAGAAAUCACCAUGCAUUCGAAUUCUUAUCGUAUUGAAAUUAGUUCGCGGAGUAAAUUUCAGCUUGCUAACUCCAUCUGAUAAAAUGUUGUGGGAAUUUCAAGUUUCAAAAAUCUGGUGGAGACUCCAGUCAUUUUCAAAAGGUCGCUGGAGGCUCCAAAACGACUUGAAAUCCACCUGCAGUUGACUUCGUAGCGUAUUGAAAUUAGUUUGCAGAAUGAAUUUCGGCUUUCCAACUCCAUUAUUGAUGAAAUUUUGUGGGAAUUUCGAGUUUCAAAAAUCUGCUGGAGGCUCCAGAACUGCACAAAACGGUUUGAAACAGUUUUCAAUCGAUUUGGCAUGGCGAAAAUAGGGUAUAUCCCAAAUUUCGGCUUUCUUGAUCAAUUUGGUAAAAUUUUGAUUUUUUUCCUCAUUUUUGACCUAAAUUUGAUUUUCAAAAAUUCACCAAAAAAUCGAAAAAGGCGCUUAAGCACUAAAAAUUUUGAAAGGUGAUGAAUUGUUGCCUGAUCUUUCGAUUUACCUUUGUACGGUUUUGAAAAUUUCGUGUAGGUGCUAUGUUGGAACGCAAAGUCUGCGAUUUUGGCUGACCUCUCAGUCUAAAUGGCCGCCAUUUUGUAAAUAGGGCCACUUUUUUUUGAGCACAAGAGCUAGAAAUGAUCCUCAGGACUCCCCCUUUAAGAAAAAAGUUGUCCUGAAGGAUCUACCAGGGGGGGGGGUGCAAUAUAUUGGCUCAAAGUGGCUGUGGCACUUGAUCAUUUGCUGUAAGAGUUACCUAGUUCAGCUAUAAGAAACUUAGAAUUAGUGCAUUUUUUUCAAUUCAAGAAAAUGAACUUCCCAUGAGUCACAAGAAGACAUUUUUCUGAGGGGUAAAAAAAACACAUGUUAAAUAAUGGGAUCAAUAAUAUUACUAGACAGCUACACAGAUUAUGCACAAUUAUUUAUGAUCGAUAAGAAAAAUUUCGACCUUUUAUUUGCAUUUUAAUGAAUCAUUUAAGAAAUUUAUCUUUGAAUUUAUGCAAAAUAAUUGGAGGUGAAUCGUAAUUUGUCGAUGAAAGCUGUCUUAUUCAAGGAAAAAAAUUGUUGUAUACCUAAGUCUUUAGCUAUAUUAUUUUAAUGAACUUAGGUAAUUUUUUUUUACUCGUUAAAUUUAUUUUUUUAAUCAUUACCUAUUUAUCAAAAUAAGGGCAUAUAGGUUAAACAAAUAAAAUAUGUGCAUGCAUAUUAAAAAAUUCACACACAAUUAAUAAAUCUUAAACUUGAUUGCGUUUGUUAUUCGUUUUCAAGAUAAUCCCAAUAUUUUUACAAAGAUCUAUACAAGUACACGCAGAGAUCGAUUUCAUUUCAAAUCUACAAACUCAUUCAUUCGUCCAUUGUUUGUUCGUUCGUUCGGUUCUUUUUUCAAUAUGCAUUCUUUUUUCAAAUACACUUGUUACUUAUUGGUAAUUUCGUGCUAUUUGCACGUUGCUACAGCUAAAGGGCAAUGUAAAAGCCCAAAACCGUCGGUAUUUUGUUUUGCUUCCAGUGUUAAUAGCGGCGCGGAUGUUAUAAAAGAAGCUGACAAAGAUAAAGAUGGAAAACUCAAUGAAAAAGAGGCAUUAGACUAUCUCGGAAACACAACUAAUUUCAAAUGGGCAGAUGGAACACUGAAAUUAGAAAUCAAAUCGACAGAUAAAAAUCACGACGGAUACGUGACCGCAGAAGAAAUCGAUUUUCCUGCUUCGACUUCACCUCAACCGUUCGGCGGCGGCAGAACUCCGAGUCCGAGUGAUAUCAUAAAACAAGGUGACAAAAACCACGAUGGAAAACUCGACUACGCCGAAGCACUUGAAGCUUUUCAUGUCGUACUACCAUUCAGAUUGUCAGAUGAAGCAAUUGAAAAUGAAAUCAAGGGGUUCGAUAGAAAUCACGAUGGAUAUUUGGUAUUGGAAGAAUUCGAUAAUUCCCAAGCGACAACGCCAAAACCAUCAAAACCGUAAUUACAGGUUCGCAGACGUUUUCAUCAAGUACCUAUCUAAAUUGGUAACGUGAAUAGGUUAUCUUUAAAUUGUUGUUGUUUUCGCAUUAUUUUAUUAGUUUAUAGUAACUUAUAACCUAUAUUUAAAGUCGAAUAAUUUUCAAAUUAAUUUAUAAAAAUGAUUGUUAUUCGCCAGUAAUACCUACGUACAAUAAUAAACGCUUAUUUCUCAA